CCGCUCCAUAGAUCGAUGUUCUGUGGAGGAAGAGGACAGUCCUGGUGCUCAUCUGGCUUACAGAUCAGAACUUUAACUGGAUCACAGACGUUCAGAAUGAUGCGUGUGCUUGUGGGGUUUCUGCUGGCCUUCGUGGCCUUGCUUCAUGCUGGAUACUCUGAACCUCAGACCCAAGAGAACUUUGAUGUAAACCGGUUUAUGGGGAAAUGGUUUGAUAUAGCCGGGGCGUCUACCUGCCCUUGGCUCAAGCGUCAUAAGGGUGAAGCAGCCAUCGGCUCUCUGGAGCUGAAGUCCUCUGGAUCAUCAGAGAUGAUCAGCAUGACCCGCACAUCUUUCAGGCACGGCACCUGCAAGUCCAUCAGUGGAGAAUAUCAGAUGACCACAACACCAGGAAAAUUCAGAUAUCAUGUUUCCAAGUGGAAUGCUGAUGUUGAUGUCUAUGUGGUUGACACAAACUAUGAUGAGUAUGCACUGGUGGUGAUGUAUAAACAGAAGUCGGGAGGUGAAAAAGUGGGAUCUGUGAAACUCUACGGUCGUACUAUGGAGCUGCGACCCACUCUCAUCGAAGACUUCAAGGCUCUUGUGGCUGAACAGGGAAUGAGUGAAGAGACCAUAGUUAUGAAGAAAAACAAAGGUGAAUGUGUUCCAGGUGAGCAGCUCAUGCCAGAGACACAGAUCCAGAGGGCGAGGAGGAAUGUGGUUGUGCCGCCCCCUGGAGAGGGAUCGGGCAAUCACACGCCCAUGUUCAGAGCAGCUGAAGCCUGUAAGGCCCCGGUCGACUCCGGUCCGUGUUUUGGAAUGUUACAGCGCUACUUUUACAACUCGUCCAUCAUGACCUGUCAGAUGUUCACCUACGGAGGCUGUUUGGGGAACCACAAUAACUUUGUGACAGAGAAGGAGUGUAUGCAGAGCUGUCGCACUAAGGCUAGCUGUAGACGCCCAAUUGACUCUGGUCCCUGUAAAGCUUUCAUAGACCUGUGGGCCUUUGAUUCAUCUGUCAAGAAGUGUGUGGCCUUCAAAUAUGGAGGCUGUGGUGGCAACGGAAACAGAUUCUACAGCCAGAAAGAGUGUAAUGAAUACUGUGGUGCUAUAAGAGAUAAUGCUUCUUGUAGACUCCCCAUUGACUCUGGUCCCUGUGAAGCUCUCAUAUCCCUGUGGGCCUUUGAUUCAUCUGUUAAGAAGUGUGUGUCCUUCAACUAUGGAGGCUGCAAGGGCAACGGAAACAGAUUCAACAGCCAGAAAGAGUGUAAUGAAAACUGCGGUGCUAUAAGAGAUAAUGCUUCUUGUAGACUCCCCAUUGACUCUGGUCCCUGUGAAGCUCUCAUAUCCCUGUGGGCCUUUGAUUCAUCUGUUAAGAAGUGUGUGUCCUUCAACUAUGGAGGCUGCAAGGGCAACGGAAACAGAUUCAACAGCCAGAAAGAGUGUAAUGAAAACUGCGGUGCUAUAAGAGAUAAUGCUUCUUGUAGACUCCCCAUUGACUCUGGUCCCUGUGAAGCUCUCAUAUCCCUGUGGGCCUUUGAUUCAUCUGUUAAGAAGUGUGUGUCCUUCAACUAUGGAGGCUGCAAGGGCAACGGAAACAGAUUCAACAGCCAGAAAGAGUGUAAUGAAUACUGCGGUGUUAUAAGAGAUAAUGCUUCUUGUAGACUACCCAUUGACUCUGGUCCCUGUGAAGCUCUCAUAUCCCUGUGGGCCUUUGAUUCAUCUGAUAAGAAGUGUGUGUCCUUCAACUAUGGAGGCUGCAAGGGCAACGGAAACAGAUUCAACAGCCAGAAAGAGUGUAAUGAAAACUGCGGUGUUAGGAUGAGAUAAUGGUAAGAUCUGUUUCUGGAAGACCUUUAAUUUGAUGUACUCUUCAUCCUUCAACAGUCGAUGUGUUAAAGGGAUAGUUCACCCAAAAAUAAAAACUGUCAUCUAUUCACCAUCAUGUCUUUCAAAACCUGUAUACGACCCGUUGUUCUGUGUAACACCGAUAUUUUGUGAAAUGUGGUGGCUUUGUUCCCACACAAUGGGAGCCCAUGUUGUUUGGGAACCACUGUUCUUCAAAAUAUAUAUUUUUAGUUUGGAAUGACAUCAGCGUGAAUAUUAUUUUUAGUUGAACUAAACUUAUCCAGUAAUCGGAUUGAGAACCACUGAUUUAUAUCAUUGUUGUAAAAAUAAAAACUUUUUGGAUGAGAAA